CGUUUCCGUGACUGGGCGCGUAAAUGUGACGUUGUGAAACUACGUCAUUGUGCUUGAAGACAGCAGACUGGAAAAACCAAAACAAUGAGAUUUACGUGAUCUGACUGAACCGAUGUGAUCUGCUGCCCGAUCCGCCUCCUCUACAGUAAUGCGUUUUCAGUAAAAAUGGGAGGCAGCGGAUCCAAACCCAAAGGAGUCUGGCCUUUUAGCAGCUCAGGAGCUGGAGGAGAAGCUCCUGGUGAGGUCAAUGAACAGUGUUUAGCACGUCUACGAGGCUCCAAGAACGCAACACCGUUUGUCUUUACAAGGAGAAGUUCCUUGUAUUUCGAUGAAGAUGGAGAUCUGGCUCAUGAAUUUUAUGAGGAGACUGUGGUGACCAAGAACGGCAGAAAGAAAUCUAAACUGAAGAAGAUCCAGAAAAACCUUAUACCUCAGGGAAUCAUUAAGUUGGAUCACCCUCGAAUCCACGUCGACUUCCCUGUCAUCCUGUGUGAAAUAUAACACAAUCACUCAAGACUUCCUUCCACCGUCGGUGUUCUUUUGAAAGGAUGCCGUGGCUCUCUGUUUCGAAAGCGAGGGAAUUCUGCCCUUCACAUGGCUUCGACCAAAAACACGAAUCAUAUUUUCUGAUUUACGUAUAUAGACAGUAGACAUAUGACGUCUUGUCUUCUGUGAUGUACAGUAAGUAAUGCAUGUGCAGUGAGAGCGUGUAAGCAUGGAGCCUAAAGCAAUGCAGGGAUUGUACAGAAAUCACUCAUGUUUGUUGAUGUCGAUCAACUGCAGUGUGUGUUUAUGUCAUAUUAUAUUUUAUAAUAUUCUGUUGUAUCAAAGUCUGAUUCUGUUUUUUGGGCUGCGUCCCACAUCUGCACUUUUUUCUCAUUUAUUGUACAGUAAAUUAUGAGUUGAUAUACUUGAAUAAAAGGUUUAGUAGAUUAGUAAUUAUGUAAGUCGGUGUAAAUGAAAUUACAGUCACAGUCCAAAAAGUGAAACAAAAUAUUUAGUGAGAAAAGACUAAAAGUGCUAAAAAGGAAAUUGGAAAAUGAGGAUGUUUAUUAAAUUAUUUACAAUUUGUCGGCACCAUAUCAGUUAUUAGUCGAUAUUAGGAUAAUUUAAUACAUCUGUAUAAGCUGAUACUGGAUAUUUAAUUGUGGAUAUUUAACACUGUUAAAUACGAUCUUUAUCAAAUUUCGAAAUAAAUAUUUAUUUUUAAACAGUA